UCCCAGGCGCCUCCCUCUGUGGCACUUGUCUCCCUCCCGAGAAGGAACCACUCACAGGCGUUACCCUUAAGACUAAUUAGUGCUGCUCCUCCCCUAGUCCUGACAUCACUGCUACAGCAACCAUGGCUGAAGAAGUUUUGGGAGACUGAGACUGAUACAGAUAUGAAACCCUAAGAAGCGGCCGAACACACUAUGUGCCAUGUAAGAAAGAGUCACUUGUUUGGGGGCAUUUGUCUAAUCACCUGCUUUAUACUGUCUUUUAACUUUUAUUGGCCGAGGAGGUAUCAGCUGACCAGAUUAGGAAGCCCGCCUAUUUGUGGAGGCCAAGUGCCCAAUGAUACGAUCACACCAUUAAACGACCAGAGAACCUUUAUUAUAUCUGCAUACAAGGAUAACAGGGAGGGAAAUAUCAUCCGGAUCUUGGGGAUUGUCCACCAUAAAGAAGUGAAGGAACUCUACUGUUACUUCUGCUGUAAUUCCAACACCAAUGUGUACCCAACCAGGGCAGGAAUUGAUAUCCAUCAGGAUCGGUUUGGGUUCCCUUAUGGUCUGGCCGAUAUCAUCUGCACAGAACCUCCGGACUGUAGAGCGGAAUUUGUGUCGGUUCAUUGGUCUCCUUCUGAAGUCGUCCACAAUCUCACCAGCUUCAGAAUCAGGAACAGGGAUCCCGGCCAAUUUACUGCCAACUUCACCGUCUGUUUCUCCGCCAUGUAUAGGAAUUACAGCAACGUUCUGCAGUUCAUCCAGACCAUUGAAAUGUAUAAUAUACUGGGCGCCCAAAAAGUCAUGGUCUACCUGAACAACUGCAGCCGACAGAUGGAGGAGGUCCUUCGGUACUACACCGAGGAAGGGACGGUGGAGGUGAUCCCCUGGCACAUUCAGCAAUAUCUGAAGGUCUCUCAUAAUUGGCAAUAUCCCAAUGAUGGCACGGAAAUUGGUUAUUAUGGACAAUUAUCGGCGCUAAAUGACUGUAUUUACAGAAACAUGUACUCUAGCAAGUUUGUUGUACUCAACGACCAGGAUGAAAUAAUUCUGCCUUUCAAGCACCGGACUUGGGACACCAUGAUGGAAAGUCUUCAACGGGAAAACCCCAACGUGGGAAUCUUCCUCUUUGAGAACCAUGUUUUCCCCCAAACUGUGGUUUCCGAUGGGAAUUUUACCAACACAUCUACAUGGAACAGGGUCCCGGGGUCCAACCUACUGCAAUAUAUACACCGGGAACCGGACAGACCCAAUUACUUCAAUAUCCGGAAAAUGAUAGUGGAUCCGAGGGCAGUGAUCCAAACAUCUGUUCACUCUACCCUGAAACAGUACAAAAACUCUAAGUAUGUCCCUCUAGAAACUGCCCUGGUUCAUCACUGUAGAGGCCCCCUGCAGCCCCAGCUGCCCAGAGAGGCCUUAAUUGAGGAUAAAACUAUAUGGAGCUAUAAUGGUUCCUUAAUUCUGAAAGUUAAUCAGAUGCUUAAACAGUUUUCAGAGAAGCCACGGUGAUGACUCUUACUGAGUGUGUGAGUGGUUCCCAGACUGUAAGGCUGCCCCCUUGAGGGGGAACUUGGAACAAUGGCAAGGGAAGCUCAGAAUGAAAGUCAUUAGGGUGGGAUUUGGGGAGAAUGACUAUUUGCUCUACUGAAUAUUUUUGGAACUGUGGCUGAAUGACCCAACAGUGAUUUCAAUAGGGCCGCCAUCAGAAAUGUUGGGGCCCCACACAAGUUAUUUAUGUGGGGCCCCCCAUGAACACAAGUGGGCAGUACCAACAUUUUGACCACGCCCAAUAUAAACAGCUGAUGUUACUCUAUAAUAAGCAGUGCAUAUAAAGAGUUCCAUUGGUUAAUGUGCUAAUAAGUUGGUCAGUCAAUAUUAUUAAUAUUAUUAAGGAAUGUUCUAGUCUGGAGGAGAAAAUGAGCCUCUUAAUUGAACUUCUGGAGGAUCUGGGGAUCAAACCUCAGAGGUAGUGGAACCAGAGAGGGAGGCUGUGAAGCUUGAAUCCUCUGUCCCAUGUACUAAGGUUGUGGGUGGGGCAGCAGGGCAGUUACCCAAGGGUAACGUGGGGGAAAAGGAGGGAGAGUAGAGGGUCAGGGAGCCUAGAGGAGAGGGCAAGUGGAGAGAAGUGGAGGGGAAACCCUCAGAGAAGAGGAAAAACAUUCCCCCAAAGAUGACGGUAGCAACAGGCAACAGGUUUGUCCUGCCAGAUGGUAAGAGCUGGUGGGAUCUUGCUGAGGAAGAGGAGGAGAGGAAAGAGAAGAGGAAGGCUAGGGUCUGUUUGAGUCAGGAGGGGGAAUGGGAGUCCCCAGAGGAGAAGGAGGUGGUGUUUGACCUGGAGGGUACAGACAGUACCCCAAAAUUUCAGGUGAAAAGAAGGGGUGAUGAAGGGGGUGUAGUGAGAGGCAGAAGCAAAACAAGACCUAAUGAUGGAUCAGCCUACCAGGUUCCUUAUAGUCACUGUCUGUAGCAUCAAGAACUAGAAGAUCAGGUUCUUGACCAGAAGUGAUCGGUGGCAGGGGCCCUCCUUUUGGUCUAUUGCUGGGGAGCCAGUAGGAGGGGAUUCUUUCCAAAAAUUUUCAGGGGUUGGAGAUUAAAAAAAAAAAUCAUAGAAAUCCAGGUUGGUCGUUUCUUGAUACUGGACAUUGUAUUACAUUGGAAUCUGAUCAGAUUGGUCAAAGUGUAUGGCCCCCAGGGGCCCCCAGAGAGAGGGGAACUCUAAUUAGAGAUCAAGCAGUAUUUAUAUCAAGUCCAGUCAUUUGGGGGACUUCAUUUGUAGGGGACUUCAACCAAGUCCUGUGGGCAGAAAAGCAGCACAGUAGAUAUGAAUCCUUUAUGGAGAAGGUCGUUGUGUUUUCGGAUCACUUGGUACUUUCCUUCCUGUAUGGAAUCCGGAACCAGCCCAAGAUUGGGAGGGGCUUAUGGUGAAGGUUCCCUGGAGGGAGAGCAGGUAGAAAGGUCUGUAUUUUGGAAGGGGAGGGGCUGUAAAGGGAAACUAAUUCAAGCUCCUGAUCAGGCAACAUCAACACAGCCUUUGGUUCUGGAAAGGGAUUAUGGGUCUUCUGUUUGCCCAGGUUCUUGCAAGAACUGCAAAGAGGUUGUUGAGAAAAAGCUGUACAUGAGUCUUUACCCCCAGGGACAUUUUCAUGAGUUGAGGGAAGUGAUCUCAGAGUUUUGGAUAAGGGAAAGUUUGAGGCUUUCUUGAAGGCAACCCCAAGUCCCACUGGAUUUCUCCUUGAUUCAGGCCAUAGACAAACAGAAAAAAAGACGCCCCAAGGCCUGAUGGUCUAACAGCAAAGUUUUACCAAAUAUUUGAAGACUUGCUCCUGUUCUUGUUGAAGUCUUCAAGGAGAGUUUGGAGAGGGGUAGUCUUCCUCCCUCAAUGGGACACUCUUCCUUGAUGAAGGACUCGAGGUAUGUGAAUGAUUGGAAGCCCAUUGACCUUCUCAACACUGACAGAAAGAUUCUUGCAAGGGUUCUCUUUUCUAGGCUAAGUUUGCUGGCCCUUUACUAUCUUCUUUACGGGGAAGGACGUAGCAUAUUCGGGGCAGUCCUUACAAUUAGAGAGGCCUUAGAGAGGUGCAAAGUCCUCAAAUGGGGAAAGUAUCUCCUGACCUUGGACCAGGCAAAGGCUUUUUCAGUUAGUAGCCUACAUAGAUGUGACCAUUGUUCUGUCUAGACCAGAGGAGGAGAUAUUGGUAAUGGAGCACAUCAGAAGCUACUCAGAGGCCUCUGGGUCUCUGGUCAAACAAGAAAAAUCAGAGGUUUUUGGGUUUUAACAAUAUGGCAAUUCCUACAGAGAAGGAAUGCUCUGGGCACACAAUAAGCUGU